UUAAUCCUUUUCUUUUUUUUUCUGUUUCGCGUUUAUUUUAAAGAAUCUCUCUGAAGAUCUUUUUUCUUCAGUUCCGUACCUCUCAAUCCUGCGCAGUUACCGUUGCUGAAUCUUGUAGAUCGUCAUGACGAACACAUACGAGUCGGAGAGUUGCGGAAGCAGAGCCGUCGUGGCGUCGCCGUCCCAGGAAAACCCUAGACACUACCGGAUGAAGCUCGAUGUCUACGGUGAGAUUUUACAGCGACUCCAAGAAUCUAAGUACGAAGAGGACACUCUGCCUGAUUUCGAGGAUCAACUCUGGCAACAUUUCAAUCGCCUUCCUGUUCGAUAUGCUCUGGAUGUUAAAGUUGAGAGGGCAGAAGAUGUUCUCACGCAUCAAAGGUUGUUGAGAUUGGCUGAAGAUCCUGCUGCUAGGCCUGUCUUUGAAGUUCGUAGUGUACAGGUUUCUCCCAGAAUAUCUGUUGACACUGACCCUACGUUGGAGGAAGAUGCCCAAAGCUCUAGCCACCCAAACAGGCAGGGGGUUCUUGCACCUCCAACUUUUGGCUCUUCUCCAAAUUUUGAGGCUAUAACUCUGGGUAGUAAAAUUGUUGAAGAUGUUGAUAGUGCUGUUAAUGCACCAUUGGCUACUCGACCAAUGCAUGAGAUCACCUUUUCAACCAUCGAUAAGCCUAAACUCCUUAGCCAGCUGACUUCCCUGCUUGGUGAGCUUGGAUUGAAUAUUCAGGAGGCUCAUGCUUUCUCCACUGCGGAUGGCUUUUCUUUGGAUGUCUUUGUUGUUGAUGGUUGGUCUCAAGAGGAAACAGAUGGUUUAAAAGAUGCAUUAAGCAAGGAGAUACUGAAGCUUAAGGAUCAACCUGGUUCAAGACAGAAGUCUAUUGCUUUCUUUGAGCAUGAAAAAUCAAGCGACGAGCUGAUACCCGCCUGCAUUGAAAUACCCACGGACGGAACUGACGAGUGGGAUAUUGACUUGAAACAGCUCAAAAUUGAAAAGAAAGUGGCAUCUGGUUCAUAUGGGGAUCUGCAUAAAGGCACCUAUUGCAGUCAGGAAGUUGCUAUCAAAUUUCUUAGGCCUGAGCGUGUGAACACAGAGAUGCUUAGAGAAUUCUCUCAAGAAGUUUAUAUUAUGAGGAAAGUAAGACAUAAAAACGUUGUUCAGUUUUUGGGUGCAUGCACAAGAUCUCCGACCCUCUGUAUUGUGACUGAGUUUAUGUCUCGGGGGAGCAUUUAUGAUUUUUUGCACAAACAGAAAUGCGCUUUCAAACUUCAAACUUUACUUAAAGUUGCACUUGAUGUUGCAAAAGGGAUGUGCUAUCUGCAUCAAAACAAUAUCAUUCACAGGGACCUUAAGACUGCAAACCUUCUUAUGGAUGAAAAUGGACUUGUUAAGGUUGCUGAUUUUGGAGUUGCCAGAGUACAGAUCGAAUCAGGGGUAAUGACUGCUGAAACAGGGACGUAUCGAUGGAUGGCUCCAGAGGUUAUUGAACACAAACCAUACAGUCACAAAGCAGAUGUGUUCAGUUAUGCGAUAGUGCUAUGGGAACUUUUGACUGGUGAUAUCCCAUAUGCUUUCUUGACUCCGCUUCAAGCGGCUGUUGGUGUUGUUCAGAAGGGGCUUAGACCGAAGAUUCCAAAGAAGACACACCCAAAAGUGAAGGGACUCCUAGAGAGAUGCUGGCAGCAAGACCCAAAAGAAAGACCAGAUUUUGAGGAAAUCAUAGAAAUGCUUCAACAGAUAAUGAUUGAGGUAAACGUCGUACCGUCGUGAUGAUCCGAGUUAAAAAAUGAAAAUCCCUUAGAGAGGCGAGAUUUAUCAGAGUAGGAUGUGGUUGUGAAAAAACAAGCAGGUUGGAGAUGAAGACUCAGGCAAGGACAAGCAGCGUCUUGGUUUCUUACAAGCCCUCAAAAAGUCCCGUUACUAGUUCUGAUCAGUUUCAAGGAUAACUCUUUUGCAUUUUGAAGUGUACAGUUUUUUUUCCUCUCUUUCUUUUAGUUGGUUGGUGUGGCUAGUGGAGAAGGUCCCAGUUUGACCUUAGAGAGUGUGUUCUCCUUUUAGUUGCUCUUUGAUGGUUCCUUUCUAGUUCUACGUUAGAAAACACUUUACACCUUCUUUACUUUAUAUAAAAAAAAAAGGGUGCGUAUUCA